AUGGAGAAAAGACGUGUUGCCGGGUUGUCUUUGUAUGAUCUGUCCAGGAAUCAGAAAAUUUACACUGGAUCAGAGACUCCCUCAGCCAAUGCUUACAUGGUCUUGUCCCAGGAUUAUCCAUUGACGUCCAAAUCUAUAUCACUGGGAAGCACACCAAAGAGCUCUCUCCUGUGGAUAGAAUCGCGGAGAAAUUCAAUUUUUUGGGAUCAUAUUCAGAUGGAUUAUUUGUUCCCGGCAUAUCAGUUGGGAUUGGCAGGCCAGACCUCCAAGCCCUGUUGGGAAAAGAGAUUUAAGAGGCCUCUGGACCAGUUUCUGUCAAUGUGUGUGGUGGCCAGUCUUUAA